AUGGAGAAACCCGUCAAUGACGCCUCUGUGUCCAUCGGCGCGCCGGAGAAACGCGAUCACAUCGACGAGAUACCCCCGAAAGAGCUUGGAAACACACAGGAGGUGGUGGAGGAUGUCGAAAAACGGGAGUACCUUUCCGGUGUCCAGCUCUGGCUGGUGCUUGCCUCGGUCACUCUUGUUGCCUUCGUCAUGCUCCUCGACAUGUCCAUCAUCGCGAUUCCUCAAAUCACAAACGACUUCCACUCCCUCGGCGACGUCGGGUGGUACGGCAGCGCCUUUCUCCUGGCCAACUGCGCCCUGCAACCUCUAGCUGGACGGCUGUACACAUUGACGAGCUACAAGUACACUUUUCUUGCGUUCCUCUUCGUCUUCGAGGUCGGCUCUGCCGUUUGCGGAUCUGCACAGUCGUCCAAGGCAUUGAUCGUCGGUCGAGCUGUGGCCGGCAUUGGUGGUUCUGGUAUCAUGAAUGGUGCCCUCACCAUCGUCUCUGCCAGUUCCCCUAUAGACAAGCAACCGCGCUUUUACGUCAACCUACCCAUCGGUGCUCUGGCGGCUGUUCUGCUCCUCACCAUCCGUAUCCCUGAUCAUCGCUCCCCUGAAAUUGCGUCUCGACAAACGCGUUUGAAAACGAUAGUUUCCAAACUUGAUCUGACUGGCUUCCUCUUUUUCGCUGGUUUCGCCGUCAUGAUAGAGCUGGCACUCUCGUGGGGAGGGUCCGACUACCCCUGGAACAGUCCUACCGUGAUCGGCCUGUUCUGCGGGGCCGGCGUCUCCCUGGCCAUCUUUGUGGCAUGGGAGCACCGCGUUGGUGACGAUGCCAUGAUCCCAGGCUCUGUUGCCUGCCGGCGUGAAGUCUGGAGCGCUUCCCUUUACCUGGGCUUCUUCUCUGGCGCGUUACUAUGCUUCUCAUACUACAUGCCCAUCUACUUCCAAGCCGUCAAAGGAGCAUCCGCCCUUAUGAGCGGUGUUUAUCUCCUCUCCGGGAUCUUGCCUCAGCUGGUCAUGGCCAUCUUGUCCGGCGCACUCAUUGGAAAAAUGGGAUACUAUUUACCCUGGGCAUUGGCUAGCUCCGCCAUCAUGCUUGUUGGCGCGGGUUUGACGACAACCCUAACGGUACAGGCAACGGUUGCCCAGUGGGUCAUGUAUCAGUUUGUCGCCGGAUUCGGUCGAGGCUGUGGCAUGCAAACGCCUGUCAUUGCGAUCCAGAACACGCUCCCAGCCAAGCAAAUCCCGCUCGGCAUGUCACUAGUCAUCUUCACGCAGACCUUCGGAGGGUCCCUCGCGCUGACGAUUGCGCAACUCGUCUUCAACAGCUGCUUGAAAGAGGCCAUUCCCAAGUUCGCCCCUACGGCAAACGUGGACGCCAUAACCUAUGCUGGCGCGACCGGCUUCUCCUCGGUGGUCACUCCAGACGAGCUUCCCGGCGUUCUGCGCUCCUACGCCUACGCCAUUGACAAGACUUUCUACGUUGCGCUGGGUGCUUCAGCAGGGACGUUUUUGUUUGCUUGGGGCAUGGGAUGGCGAAAGAUUCAGCAAAAGAAGGGCAAUGAUAUUUCGGGCGUUCAAAGUCAACCGGCGGCGACCGAUGGAAGCAGAACAGAAAGCAACGAGGCUUAA